UUGGUGCUGUCUUUUGCGGAUCUCUCCUACUGGUGACAAUAAUAUGUUUAUCCUCUGAUUUUGUAGUAACUCUCUUUUGUCCAAGUCUUUUUCUGUCAUCAUAAAUUCCAGGUUUCCCUUUAGUCUCUUCAGAGUGUAGUGGACUCCUUUGUUAAACACCUUUAGGCGUUUUGCAAUUUCUCUUUCUGUGUAUCCUUCUUCCCUCAAUGUACAAAUCUGUACUUUUGUUUCUUUACUCAGUUACUUCUUUCUAGCCAUUUUUGUGGUAGAUUGAAUGCAGUUGAGAUUUAUUAGGAUUUUUGUAUGCAGACUCUCAAAAGCCAAAAAGUUGAAGUGAAUAAUCCAACUAUGAUUUGUUUUUGUUUUUUUGCUUUUGCACUGAAGUUGUGACUCUUGCAAAUGUUUUCAACCCUAAAACUAAGCCCUUAUUAUCUUUUGCUGACAUAUAUUUAGCAAUGGUCUGUUAACAUCAAUGUAUAUCUAAAGGUAAAUGGAGUAAAAUGGUGCAUUUCUGAUCUGAACCAGUAGAUAUAUAUAUAUUGAUAUAUAUUUACUGAUAUAUAUAUAUAUAUAUAUUGAUAUAUAUAUAUAUAUAUACUGAUAUUGAUAUCUAUUGAUAUAGCUAUAGAUAUGUGUGUGUUUGUGUGUGUGAGAGAGAGAGAGAAUUUCUGAGUAAAACCGUAAAAUAGUAGAUGACUGACAGAGUCAUGAAGGUCUUGUUGUGUUGCUUUGUAACUUCUUCGCCCUUUAAUACAUACAUACAUACAUACAUACAUACAUACAUACAUAAGUGAAUAAAUAAACAUUUCUAAAGCAGUGUAUACCAUACAGUCAAUGGUGUACACUGUACACAAAACAGAAAGAGGACUAAUAGGACAGGCUUUCUUGCCUGUUUUAACGUUAUGCAACCGUGCAUAGUUUGACCCUCCGUACUUGCCGUAGCUAAUUCUGCAAACAGGAAGUUGAGAAAAUAGCAGGCGAAAUAAAAAUUAAUAUGUGAUUUCAGAGACAAAAACAAAGUUUUAGAAGGGUUUCUGAGACACAAUAAUCCAAUUUUGAUUUGAAGGAACAUCGAGUUUCGACAUGUUGAUAAACAAUUUUUACGCUCGUUGUUGAUAAGAUGUGAGGGUCGUUGUUGAGGCUUUUACUUUGACAGGCUGUCCGGAAGUGUUCUGUGUCGAGCUGCAGAAGGACGUAGCUAUCUGAAAGAGUUCUGUGUCAAAUUGCUACCUGGCUCCAGCAGGUAUCGUACAAUGGCCUCUGAAGCUGGUAUUCAGGUACCGAGCCGCCUCCCGCUGCUGCUGACCCAUGAAGGGGUGCUCCUCCCAGGCUCCACGGUCCGUUUCAGCGUGGACUCUCCGCGGAACAUGCAGCUGGUCAGCCAGCGGCUCCUGAAGGGGACUUCACUGAAAAGCACAAUCAUUGGAGUUAUUCCCAACACCAGAGACCCCGAGCACGACACCGACGACCUCCCCACGCUGCACAAGUAAUAAACACGCAGUAAUAUAGCUCAGAAUAGUGGAGGCAGUGGAGUAAGGUCCUACGUUUGAGAUGGGUUUGUUGUUGUUGUUUUGGAAGUGAAACCAAACAUCUGGGAACAGGGAGUCCUAAACGUAGUAGACCCCUCCCAGGCUGUCAAUAGACUUAAUAUACUGUACAGGUCACUAGGUAAUGCCUCGGGACCUGUAUAAAAAUGAUAAAAAAAAAAUCAUUAUACUCACAAGUUCCUUUAUUUAUAAAACCUUAAAACACAUUUGAAAUAAUACAUUUUUAAAAGUGGUAAGUAGCAGGUAGUAGAACGGGUUUAAGGUGGCCUUUGUAAAAUGUUGAUCAGAAGCUAUGUGGUUACCUCUGUUUCAAUCAUUACCUCUGAGUAAUCUUUUAAUCCAUGCAAAUAGCUUGUGUGUUAUUUCUUUUUGUGGUUGUUUGUGAUGUAGGCAUGGUUUUAAACACUAACUAUGAACAGCAACCUAUUUUCAACAUGGUCACCCAAUCUUAGGAUAUCUUUGUUUGCACUUGCAUUUCCCUGACAUAGAGGCACUGGAAACACCUGGUCCAAUUGUGGGAGACACCAAGGAUCAUUUAAUGCAAAUAACACACAGUUCAGGCUGAACUUGAUUCCACUGCAACAAAAUUAAUGCUUAUCUGAACACAUUUUCAUCACUAUGGCAUUAAAUUGACUGCCAACUUUAGCUGACAUUUCAAGCCACAUACAAUUGAAUUGGAACUUGUGUGUCAUGCACAGUCUAUAUUUUUUAAAAACAAUUGUAGUCACUUAUUUGUUCUAGAGAGAUCUACUGUUUACUAGAGGUGGAGAAUGUGAGCAGAGCACAGUAACGUGGACUUUUACCUUUAACCUACAGGUCAGUCUGGUUACUAAACAGCAGUGGUUUGUUUCUCUAUUGGGCUGGAAAUCAGUCUGUCUAACUGAGUUUGUAUGUGACAGAGAUUGUCAAAGAUACAGCUCUACAUGAUAAACAUGAAAUCUGUUUUUCCAUUGUCAUGACAGUAAGUCACUCUCGUUGUAUCUUUAAAAUACUACUGUGAUCUUCCACCGCCUCUUUCAUGCUGGAUUUUGGAUGAAUUUAAAGCUCCUGGAAUCAGAAGAUUAAUUUUUAAAGAGAAAAGAAAAUUAGAAGAAAUCCCUUCCCCUCUUGUUGUUGUGGUAGACCACAGAAAUGUGGCACGGAUGUUGCUUCUGGUUAUCCAAUUCGCUCUUCCUUGAAUGCCUUGCAUGUGUCUUCGAUUUGGAACAUCUUGAAUCAACCACCAUCAACACACACACAACUGCAGUCAUCCACUCUGAGUGGCUGCAGCUUCACAAUAAAUCCAGGCAUUGAGAGCCUGUAAUGAGAAACAUAUUCCGUCUGUGAGUGCAGAAGACAACAGUGCCAGGGGCAGCUCUUAGAGCUUCAAAUUUAUAAUCUGCACUUACCCUUGAGUUGCUAGAAUCAGUCUUGUCAAUGAAAACUUUUGACAGCUACCUUCUUUGGCUGUAUGAAACUUUGGCUCACUGUAAAAUGCUCCCUGGCUGACAGCUUCUUAGCUGUAGAGAAAUCAGUGGAGCUUGCUCUGCAAAACUUCUUAAAUGUUGGUGUCAACAAGUUUAAAAACCACACACUACUCUAUUGUCUUCAUUAAAACGUCCAGACCUCACAUAUAACACAGUUUGUCUGAACAACCACUCAUCACCAUUAUGAUCCUGUUGUGAUCACAGAACUGCAUUAAGCCUGUUUUCAAAGAAGUGUUGACUGCUAAAGGCGUUUAAGAUGCAGAAGCAAUGUCUUGAUUAAGAUUCAAAGCUCAUUUUGAAAGCGUCAUUCAAGAAAAUCCUCAGGGUAAUCAUCUGAAUUUCUACUUUCAUUUUUUUAAAUCCAUUUAUUUAUUGUUGAAAUCCACUAAUUAAAAAGUCCUUAAUCAUUAGUUAUUAGUUUCUAUUGAGAUGAGAUGACACUGAAGCUUGCUGACAACAAAAUGAAGUCUAUGAUCACUGCUGCCAUCACGCUCAGACUCAAACAGUCUGUGCUCAGUGGAAGCAGAGCCGUCUUUGGCUAAUGUUUCACCAGUGAGUUAUCUGUACUCCUCCUCUCACUGUCUGUCCCUCUGGCUUCUUGCAGAAUUGGUACUGCAGGGAUUGCAGUGCAGGUGGUGGGCAGUAACUGGCCAAAACCCCACUACUCCCUCCUCAUCACUGGACUGUGCCGCUUCAGUGUUACGAGUCUGCUGAAGGAGCGACCCUUUGUCUUGGCAGAGGUAAAGCUGAUUUAAUAUCAUACAUACGCUUAUUGAGUAAAACAUUUUCUGAUUGCCUCAUAAUUACCUCCGCCAAGGAGGUUAUGUUUUCGGUUGCCUUGGUUUGUUUGUUUGUCUGUUAGCAACUUUACGGAGAAAGUAACAGACGGAUUGACCUGAAAUUUUCACCAGAGGUGUGUCUCAGCCCCAGGAGGAUCCCAUUAAAUUUUGGUGGUGAUUCGGACAAAAUUCUGGAUACUGUGAUCCAGAACACACAAAAAUAAGGGUGUCGUUGGAGUGGUGUAGAUGGGCGGCACAUUGGUGUAGUGGUUAGCACUGUCGCCUCACAACCAGAAGGUCCUGGGUUCGAAUCUCGGUCAGGGCAUUUCUUGUUUAAGGGGGGACAUGAGCUGCUGCGCUCUCAGAGUGCCUCUCUAGUUAAAGAUGAGUUGUGAAGGUUUCUUUGUUCUGGGUACAUUCUUUGUCAUUCAAAAAAACAUAUUUAGUGUAUCCUGUAGCUCUGACAGAUGACUUAAAUGUUUUCACUCAUCUUGAAAACAUUUGCUAUGCCAAGUUUAAACUGUUUGAAGUCCUUCAUUGUUUACAUAUACUCUUACUUGUUUGGGUCCACAUAGUUAUGGCCAUAUGUCACCCAGGGGAAUAGUAUCUUACUAGGAACUGUGGUCAUGUCACACAUGCAAAUAUAUUCGAUCUUUAUUGCUAAAACAGGUUAUAAGACGUCUUGCGGAAUUUGAAAGUCAAGCCAAACCACAGCUUUUAUUGUAUGCUUGUAUGACGUACAACUACAAUUACACAAAAAUUGGGACACAGAUAAAAAAUAAUUCAAUUUAAUAUAAUAAUUCAACCCCAGAAUGUAAUUCAAAUUAUGCAGGGAAAACAUUUCAAAUGUUGGAACAUAGUGGACUGUUUCAUGAAAAACACAUCCCAGUAGGCUACUCUUAUUUUAAAACUGGUAUGAGGAGAACAUUUUCCAAACACACUGUUGUUGUUGGGAUGCACGGUUGCAUAACGUUAAAACAGGCAAGAAAGCCUGUCCUAUUAGUCCUCUUUCUGUUUUGUGUACAGUGUACACCAUUGACUGUAUGGUAUACACUGCUUUAGAAAUGUUUAUUUAUUCACUUAUGUAUGUAUGUAUGUAUGUAUGUAUGUAUGUAUGUAUGUAUGUAUGUAUGUAUGUAUGUAUGUAUGUAUGUAUGUAUUAAAGGGCGAAGAAGUUACAAAGCACACAACAAGACCUUCAUGACUCUGUCAGUCAUCUACUAUUUUACAGUUUUACUCAGAAAUUCUCUCUCUCACACACACACACAAACACACACACAUAUCUAUAGCUAUAUCAAUAGAUAUCAAUAUAUAUAUAUCAGUAAAUAUAUAUCAAUAUAGAUAUAUAUAUAUCUACUGGUUCAGAUCAGAAAUGCACCAUUUUACUCCAUUUACCUUUAGAUAUACAUUGAUGUUAACAGACCAUUGCUAAAUAUAUGUCAGCAAAAGAUAAUAAGAGCUUAGUUUUAGGGUUGAAAACAUUUGCAAGAGUCACAACUUCAGUGCAAAAGCAAAAAAAAAAAAAAAUCAUAGUUGGAUUAUUCACUUCAACUUUUUGGCUUUUGAGAGUCUGCAUACAAAAAUCCUAAUAAAUCUCAACUGCAUUCAAACUACCACAAAAAUGGGAUGGGAUUGUUUGGGAUCUGAGAAGACUAAAUUCUGGAGUUUUACUAAUGAAAUAUUAAUAAUAACAGUAAUAACUUUAUUUUUAUAGCACUUUUAAAAACAGAGGUUUACAAAGUGCUUUAAUAAAUGGUCAGAAAGCACAGAAUGUCAGCACAUGGAAAUAAAAACAAAUCAAAACAAAAAGCUCAGUUAAAAGAAGAAUUGAAGGCCAUUUUCAUAAGGAACCCAGACAAUACAAGAACCCUGCAACAUAAAAUGAUACCAUAAGGACCAAAAUAAAAACAUGAAAUAUAUAAGUAUAAAAAAGCUAAAAAGACAGUAAAUUGGAAAUAAGACAGAGGUAAUAGAGAAAAGAGUUAAAAGAUGGCAUCACAUAUAGGCAAGUCUGUGAAAGUGAGGUUUUAAGAUUGACAUAAAAGAAGCGACUGCCUCUGCACGCCUUAUCUCCUCUGGCAGGUUGUUCCAAAGUCGAGGAGCUCUGAUUAAGAAAGCUCUAACAUUUUUAGCUUUGAGCUUUGACUUUGGGGUGACCAGGAGGCCUUCGCCAGAGGAUCUGAGGCUGCGGGUUGGCUCAUAAGGUAUUAAAAGCUCUGAAAUAUAGUUCAGAGCAAGUCCCUUGAGUGCUUUAAAAGUAAUCAAUAAAAUUUUAAAAUCAAUUCUAAAACUGAAAGGAAGCCUGUGGAGGGAGGCUAAAAUUGGAGUGAUGUGAUGCCAUCUACUAAAACCAGUUAAAAGCCUCGCUGCUGCAUUCUGAACUAGUUAAAGGCAGAAGGGUGAUUUCUUAUUUAAACCAGGGAGGAGAGAGUUGCAGUAGUCCAGCCUUGAGAAAUUGAAAGCAUGGAUAUUUUUUUGGAGAUCUGGUGGGGUGAGUAUUUGUUGAAUUUUUUACCCCAUUAAUAUCCCAUUCUGCAAAACACAGGAUUCCAGCUGCUGACCUUUUUAUUUAAAUAGUCAGUAUUGACCUGCAUUCAUGGAGGCAGCAGCAAACUGUAUUCACAGACAGCAGUUUUUGGGGGUGAUUUUGAGCCCAUACUGUGAUUUCCACUACAUAAUCAUAUUCGUUCUUUUUGAUACAGUGCCACCUGUGGAACCUGUAGAACAUGACCAUCCAGCUUUUUGACCUUAUCCUCUUUAGACAGAGAUUUCACUCAAUUCUGUUAUUCUUGUGUUGAUUUUAUUUACUGUAGAGGAUGAGAUCCCUUGAGUCUUUGUCUUUUUAAACUCGGGAACAUUAUUCUGAUUUUGCUGAACUGUUUGCUCAGGCACCGUAGAACCUUACUUUUGGAAACAUAUUGCUCGUAUUAAAUUCAGCAUUAGUAGUGUAUUGUAAAUCAAUAACAAACAUACAUUUCAAAAUUUGAUUUGUUGCCUGCACUAUUUUAAUGAGACAUUUAGCUAAGAUGAUUUACAAACCAUCAACAUUAGACUUUUUCAACAUCUUACUGUUUCCACUUUUUGAAAAUGGAGGUUGUAAAUAAUCUGUAGAUGUUUCCUGGUGAUUACAAAAUGUCUCUUGGCUUCUCUGUCAGAUAAUUAAAGAUCCCACAUAGACUUUCUCUGUGUGAAUAAUAACAUACUAUUUGGUUGGUCUCGCUAAAUGAUAUUCUGCUGUUUGGUUUUUCCCUAAUUCUCACUCUUAAAAAAUCAGGCUCCCUAUGAUUUCACAGUGGCAGAGUUUAAUAUCGCCUGACGUAAAAAAAGAGACAGACUGCCUACUGUUUGUUUGAGGAGGCCCAGAAUUGGUCCGAAAGUGAGCAUACUGUACUCAUGUGAACUUCACCCUUUGAACACACAAAAAAAUGUGAGAACACAGUGUUUCCUAUUAAAUGAGAAAACCAUUCAAAACAAGGACUAUAUAAGGACUGCAUGUGUGAGCCAAAAGACAAAAAAAAAAGCCGAACAUUUAUCAAAUUUUGUUUGAAGUGCUCCCUCUUGUUUCAAACUCUGCAGCGGGGAUGGCUUAAAUCUCUUACUUAUUUUCCCUCUUUGAAGCAACAUGACACGCAAAUUAUAAAUGAUAAUAUGGCAAACUGGUGCAACAAACAAAAGUUAGUACUUAACAAGCACACAUACAGAAAUCAACUAACUGGUGUAUGUUCCCUCUUCCGUGUUUUUAAAUAACCUUCAGGUGGAGCAGUUGGAUAAACUGGAGCAGUACACGACCCCAGUGUCAGAAGGGGUCAAAGCAGAAGAUGGAGAGCUAGGGGAGUUGUCCCAGAAGUUCUACCAUGCUGCAGUCCAGGUGUGUGUGUGUCUGGAUACUCUGUACAUGCAGUGUCUAACUGAACAAAAAUAGGAAAAGAAAUUCCUAGUUUACGAUUCAGGUUUAAAGGGAUGUUCCAGCGUAAAUUUAAGUUAUGGUAAAGCACACUGUAAUACCGGGUUAGACACCCCCUUGAGAGAUGAAUGUUGCUGACUGCUUGUUUCUCUUGUUACACCAACUUCAGCAAUGACCACACGAUAGCAAUACACAGCGGUCUUCAUCUCCACACACAAACCUCAACCAAAAAGCCACUCUAUAGCCACAAAUAAUGCUCAGAACAGCACCUAACUUCAUCAACAGUACAUAUGGGGGCCCAGCCAUAGUACUAGUCAUCAAACAUCGUUUUAGCUUUGCCUGGUUUCUUUAGCAAAGAGACUAAACACAACUCACCCACUCUCCUCCAGCAGCCACUUGUUUGUGGGGGAGCCCUGACGGGUCGAUGGUGAUGAUUACUUCAUGGAAAUGAUCUGCUGCACUCAGUGAUCGACUCGUCAGGGCUCCCCCACAAACAAGUGGCUGCUGGAGGAGAGUGGGUGAGUUGUGUUUAGUCUCUUUGCUAAAGAAAUCAGGCAAAGCUAAAAAGAUGUUUGAUGGCUAGUACUAUUGCUGGGACCCUAUAUGUACUGUUGAUGAAGUUAGGUGCUGUUCUGAGCAUUAUUUGUGGCUAUAGAGUGACUUUUUGGUUGAGGUUUGCGCAUGGAGACUUAGACUGCCGUGUAUUGCUGUCGUGCGGUCGUUACUAAAGUUGGUAUAACUAGAGAAGCAAGCGGUCAGCAACAUUCAUCUCUCAAGGGGGUGUCUAACCUGCUGUUACAGAGUGUUUGACCCUAACUGACAUUUACACUGGAAUAUCCAUUUAGAAGGAGAGAGAUUAAAUUUAACAAAACUUAACAAAAACAAAGAUGUUGAUUUCUCUAUUUAACCAUGUUGAUUGGACUAAAUUUGAGGUAAAAGUCAGAAAAAAAGGAUUAAUUCAAGAGGCUUUGUGUCUGAUGCUCUAUGCCAGAGAAUUUUUUCUCCCGCUGAGAGUAAAGUCUGAGAUGUUAAAAUGUGUCUUACUCUAUAACAAGAAACGGGAAACAUUCAUCUUAAUCAAUCCAGCUUUAAAUAAGUUAUUUGUCAAGACAAAACCAUACUGUGAAGGAUAACCCUUGAGUCAGGAAAUGCAUACCCACACAUCCAAAGACCACUAAUGUCUGUAUUACAUCCACUGAGUAAUUGUAAAAUUCGAGCAGCUGUUGGCAGUUUUUAUAGAAGCAAAGCUCACAGGCAGCAUACUGAGCAACAAGAGCGUUGCAUCAAUCUAACAAUGACAUUUAAGCGAGGAUGUUUCAAAUCUCCUGUGGCAUAGAAGAAUGUACAGGCAAACCUGCAAGCUGCUCUUGUGUAGCACAUGUGGACAACUAUGACUCAAAAAACCCACAAGCUUGUUCACCAGUUAAUUAAAAUGGCAUCAAGAUGCUGUUUGACUGUGUCUUAACUCAACAUUUAAGCCAGAAAUGUUUUAAAUGAAGUAGAAUUCUUGGAAAACUCGCCGAAAGAAUUCCAGAGCGUUGAAAUAUUUUUUUUUCUUAUAAUGAGAAGCAGUCGACACUUGUUUCAUACUAACAGCAAACAUGUGAUCUACCAUGACAGCAACCUGUAGCGAGGAGUGGUGUUUGGUAAUGUCUGUAAAUUGAAUCACGUUGUGUCCCUGCCUCUGUUUGUGUAGUUGUUAGGUAUGUUGGACAUGUCUGUUCCAGUGGUUGCUAAGUUCAGGCGUCUACUGGACAGUCUUCCCAAAGAAACUCUCCCUGAUGUAGUGGCCUCCAUGAUACGCACCUCCAACAAGGAGAAACUGCAGGUGAGAAGACUAAUGGGUCUUUGUUCCCCAGAAUUUUUUUAAAAGAAAAAAAUAAAUAUAAAAAAGAAUGUUUUUUAAACAAAAACUGGGUUUAAAGCUGAGAUUUGGGGGUUUUAAAGAGACUGCAGCCGCUUUGAGGUUAUUCAAAUUGCACACAUUGUGACUAAAUUGUUACUGUGUUAGGCAAAAAUAUGUUGUUCCUGGGUAAAUUGAUGCCAUGUUUGCAGCCAGGCUUUCCUUAAACUACAGAGGGGAAAAUCUUUAGAGUGCAGACAGUAAAAUAGGCUAAGUGUGAAGGUUUUCUCUGAAGUGUGUAUAUUUUUAUGUCAACUUUCUGUUUCCCCUUUGCUAUGAAGGUCCUGGAUGCAGUGAGCUUGGAGGAGCGGUUUAAAAAGGCUCUUCCCAUGUUGAACAGGCAGAUAGAGGGACUCAAACUCCUGCAGAAAACCAGGAAGAGAAACCCUGACAAUGAGAAAAAGGUAAGAAACACCAGGAGUCAAGGAUAUUGAGGUUGAUAUUCAGCAUUUGGGCGAUUAUCCACAUGGGGGUUUUGUUUUACAGAUGGCUAAUAAAAGCAAGUCUUUCAUAAGUGCUCCUCUGCCUCUGGGGUCUGUUUUCAUUAACCACUCUGUCUCACCUCAUGUCUCACCCACUAUCCCGUCUGAUAGGCUAGAUGUCACAAGACUGUGUCACAUAACUGUUCUGUCUUACUGUACCUUCUCCAAGUGUAACUGUUGUUUACUUCUGUCUGUGAUGUUGAAGGUUUAAGUUUUAAUUAAAGAUUUGUCAGAGACAUUUCAAUCAAGUUUGUAAUCAUUCAUAUUCUUAAUUUUGUCAAAAAGUUGCUAGUUUUUAAGCGUAUGGGUUUUUAGAUAUAGAUAUAGUCUCAUGAAUCUUAUUGCCUGUCUUUGUAUGCCUGCUCACCUCUCUGUACUUGUACUUGUUUAGGUCAUAUCAGUGCGUAAAGGUGGAGUGCUUCCAGGCCGACAGUUCAACCUGGAUGAAGAUGAUGAAGAUGAGGAUGGUAAUGACACUGUAGCCUUGGAGAGGAAGGUGCACGGGGCCAACAUGCCUGAAGCUGCCCUCAAAGUUUGCCUGAAAGAGCUCAAGAGGUGAACUUUUACCUGGAUUAGACCUUCACUUUCUGUUUUGUGGCAAACAUGCCGGAUUUUCUAGCCCUUUCAGUGUUUGUUGAUCUUUUUAAAUUACUGCUCUGGUGUAAUUUUGUCUGAUAAAAUAGUUCACUCCUGUUUUUGAUAUUUGAUUGUACUAAUAGGUUUCCUUGUUAUAUAAUUUGUGCGUUUUCAGAUUGAAGAAGAUGCCUCAGUCCAUGCCUGAGUACGCCUUGACAAGAAACUACUUGGAUCUGAUGGUAGAGCUGCCAUGGAGCAAAAGCACUAAAGGUAAAUAAACACUAAAGGUGCAAGGGCUCCAAAACCCCAGAUCGAAAAGUCUCGACCACAGAGAGUAUGUACUAUGGACAACCUGGUUCUGCCUCCCAUCAUUAUACAGAUUUGAAGCCAAAAAAAUCUCUGUAUUUCCGGGUUUUUUCUCAACUUCUUGAAACCAACAUUGUGCAGUAGUGUAGUACGCAUUCAGCAGGAGAGUCACUGUAAUGAAGCUCGGCUACAACAGCGUAUCCCCCGGGUGAGCUUCGCAAUCUCCAUACGCCCAUAGGCUGUAUCAAGUGUCAAUCAUAGAAAACAUGAAAAAUGGAGCUGCAUGGAAAAAAGAGGACUUGAGCACAAACCAGUCUUACAGUAACUACAUGUCAACAUCACAAGCAGGGGGGAGAAAAAUUUAUAUUCUGUGUAAUUAAUUUCUAGAGUUUGUCCACAACUCCAUAUUGAUUGCUGGAGGAGGCAGGAUUUAUGACCUAUACUGCAGCCAGUCACUAGAGGGUGCUGUUCCCUCGGUGGCUUCACUCUGCGAGGAGGCAGACGAUGUCCAUUCUAUUUACAGUCUAUGGUCUCGAUUGUAAUCAAGUAUUUUUUGGGGACGAUUUUUUGCUUUUAGGGUGAAAUGUGGGAAAAUAGACAAAGACGGGGAGGACAUGCAGCACAUUGUUGGGGCCGGACUCAAACCUGCAACCGCUGCGGGGACCGUGGUCCCCAUGCGUGGGGCGCACUAACCCAUUCAGCCAACUGCGCGCCCCUCAACUGUAAUAAAUGUUAAGAAUGGCUUUUUGCAUUGUAAAAAGCAUUGUUAUAACUUCCUUUCUCAUGAAGGUAGACCAAUGGUGUCCAGAAAUAGCCUCAUGGACAGCCAGCUAAGAUGAAGUCAUAAAGGUUUCUUUGGAAAGAUUUUCACAAGGAACGCCCAUUCACAAAUCUGAGCACAUUUUGUGUUGUCAUACCAUGACAGGAGACAAUCAUUAAAGCUGCACUCAUAAGUAUUUCUAGGAUAAUUCCACACAUCUUUUACUGCUUCGGGUUCUCUUUCAGCACUUCCAUGAAUCUAUUUUCCAGCAGCAGGCAAAUGUUUGAACUCUACAGAGCAGACAAACAAAGAUGCAGCCAACCAGCUGGUAAACAUCAUGGAACAUUUAGCAGUUAAAUAGCCCAAGAUAAAAUAGACUUAGAUACCAAAACAGAGCUAAAGGGAAUAUAUUAUUAGAUUUACAGUCAUGAAAAUCCGAAUGAACUCUGUUUCUCGCUUUCCUUUGAAUGUACAAACUGAGGUGGAGACACUUGUUUCAACAGGCUCUGCUAUGUUUCUGCUGCUGACCACAGUCUGCCUCAAAAACCAUAAUAUCAGCUCAGUGGGUUAGAUCUUGAGGUCAGAGGUCACUCUGUGAUGCAAAUACAUCAGGGGUAUCUUUUUGACAAACAAUGUGGGAAACCAGAAAUAUCUGCCAAACCACUCUGGGAAGCUUUACUGAAAAUUUUAUUGUCCUCUCUUCACUCUCACUUCUCAGAUCACACCCCCCUGUUUCUGCUGCUCAUUUCACUAACAAUAAUGUUUCUAUUUAUGUCUGGGAUCGGUCAACACACUCUCUCACACACAUGCUGCAGACUGCCUGGACAUUGGAGCCGCUCGUACCCUAUUGGACAACGAUCACUACGCCAUGGACAAGUUGAAGAGACGUGUGCUGGAGUACCUAGCUGUCAGGCAGCUCAAGGCCUCACUGAAGGUGCUAUAUGACGAUCCAUGAGUGCAUCUCAAGUUUGUGCAUUGCAUGAUGAGCAAAAAUCAAUAGUUUAAGAAGUGAAGUUCAUUCUUGAAUUUUGUCAGGUUAAAAUUGAAUGAACUGCAUGUAACUGUCCUGCUUUUAUCCUUUGUCCUCAGGGCCCCAUCCUCUGCUUUGUUGGGCCCCCAGGAGUCGGUAAGACGAGUGUGGGCCGCUCCAUAGCCAGGACUCUGGGCAGAGAGUUUCACCGCAUCGCUCUGGGAGGAGUCUGUGAUCAGUCUGACAUCCGAGGGCACAGGUAUGCAACGUAAUUGAUGUUACAAAACUAGUUUAUGAAUCCAUACUAUUUUUUGUUUUUCAUUUUGAAAUUUUAUGAAAAGGCCGUAAGUGGCUUGUAUUCUUUUGAAUGCUUGUUAUUUACUGAUGUUGAUCAUCCUUAGUGUACAAACAAAACAUCUGCAAUGAUUAUAAGUCACAGUUUUAGUGUCUCAUUGUUUAGAGGCGGCACGUCAUUGGACAAUCAAGUUCCACCGCAGUGUGAGUUUGCGAUUAUGAAAGUGGCGCUUCUGUUGACUCUGGAGAUGUUUACUAGAGCACAGCGCUCUCUGCUGCUGAGUGAGACAUGAGGUUUAAUGAGUGCAACAUUUGGACAGGAUUACAAUUUAAAAAAAAGUUCUCAUAGAGAAAAAAAACAUACAGGAAAUGAGAAAAUAAUCUGCUUUCUCUUUAUUUUGCUUUAAACUUAAAGGAAGACAGUUUGCCUGUCUAGAUGGAGUGAUGAAAGUAUUAGUCAGUCCAUUUGGAGCACACUGGUUCAAGUUGCAGCCAGCGUUCUUGAAAAGCUUCGCCAAUUUGUCCUCUAAGCGUGCCUGUGUGUGUUGGCCCUGCAGAUGAAAGGCAGCUUUUAUCAUAACAUCUGAAGACGUUUAUGGAAUUGAACACCACACAAGGGUAGGACCUCCAGAACACACAAUGGAGAAUCACCAGGCACAAAUCAGCCAGGAACUGUAUUUCAGACUUGUCAGGAACAUGCGUCAGCUGUGAAACACAGGAAGGUCAGCGUUAGAAGUGAUCAUGACUUUUUGGGAAACAUCCUUAGUCUAUGUGUAAUACAAAAGGCUGUGAAUUGAAUAAGGAUGUAAUAAAAUUGAGUGUGUAGUUCCAGUUAACUCAGACUUAUCUGUUCAAUAAAAAAAAACUUCAAACAUUUUUCUUUAUUUAGUCGAACUCCAAACCAUAAUCCUCUGUCAGUCUACAUUCAUCUCAUAUUUCACCUGCAGGAGAAACUUUCUUUGUCAGUUAACUGGAUGAAAAUUUUGGCCAGUUGAGCAGAAGGUGAAAACAGCUUAUACAGACGCUGAUGUAACCACACUCUUUGUCUGUUUUCCCAAGUUGUAAAUCCCUGUAAUUGAAAAAUGAUGUCAAAGUAGAAGCACAAAAAUUUGCAGUCUCUCAUGUUUUUACUUAAAGUUUCCUCACAAACCCCAUUAAACCCUAUAUUAAAAUGUUUGCUUUACAGUAGAAUGAAACAUGUUAACAACCUGGUACAAAGUAUGGGUUUGUCUCCAUUGGCCUUUGCCUUGUUUAUAUAAUCAGGGUCUGUUCUGUUAUUUGCACUGCGCUAUAUGCUGUAAGUUGUUAUGGAGGAAAACCCCAUAACUUCUUAUGUUGGAACAACCAAACAGGUAAAAAUUUCUUACAUAGGAACAACCAAACUGGUAAAAAGUUUUUUUAAGAGAAACAGCCUAACUGGAAAAAAGUUCCUAUGGACGAAGAACCAAACAGGUAAAAGUUCUUACAUGGGAACAACCAAACAGGUAAAAGUUCUUAUAGAAGAAGAGCCAAACUGGUAAAAGUUCUUGCAGAAGAAGAACCAAACAGGUAAAAAGUUCUUAUAGAAGAAGAACCAAACAGGUAAAAGUUCUUGUAGGAACAACCAAACAGGUAAAAAUUCUUGUAAGAACAACCAAACAGGUAAAAGUUCUUAUAGAAGAAGAACCAAACAGGUAAAAGUUCUUAUAGAAGAAGAACCAAACAGGUAAAAGUUCUUGUAGAAGAAGAACCAAACAGGUAAAAGAUCUUAUAGAAGAAGAACCAAACAGGUAAAAGUUCUUGUAGAAGAAGAACCAAACAGGUAAAAGUUCUUAUAGAAGAAGAACCAAACAGGUAAAAGUUCUUGUAGAAGAAGAACCAAACAGGUAAAAGUUCUUAUAGCAGAAGAACCAAACAGGUAAAAGUUCUUGCAGAAGAAGAACCAAACAGGUAAAAGUUCUUGUAGAAGAAGAACCAAACAGGUAAAAGUUCUUAUAGAAGAAGAACCAAACAGGUAAAAGUUCUUGUAGGAACAACCAAAAAGGUAAAAACGUUCUUGUAGGAACAACUAAAUAGUUAAAAGUUUUUUAUAGAGGAACAAAACAGGUAAAAAGUGGACAGACUGUUUACCAGACAAACAUAAACACAUGACCUCAAGGACUUCAGGGAACAUAUCAUGGACCAUAUGAUCAGAAUGAAAUGAAAGAAUAAAAAGCACCAUGAGAAAGUUAUACGUUGCACAGAUGUGAGGGAUAUUUCUGAGAAAUCUGAGAACUUGGGUCUUUCUAUGGAUCAGAAAAUACGCAUCUUAGGCAGGGCAGUAGAAUAAAGCACACUGGAAGAGCUCUUUAAAAGUUCACAGAAGUACUGGAGGGAUGCCAGACAACAUCACAGCUCUUCUGGUGUACAGACUGUUGUGAAACCUCUUUUGACUGAUGCUGAAGUGUGCCAGAGGGUGUCAGGGAGGUAAGAGGGCAGCAGAGUUCACCUCACAGUGCAGCGCUGGCGGUAAUGAUCUGAAAGAAGACAAAGUUGAGACACCUUCGUGCGCCCAGAUGUUAAACAUGUUUCCGGCAUACCAACAGCAGGAGUUAAAGGGAUUAAGACAAAAGUCCAAUAAUCUCCUUUUUUUCUCUCUUUAAAAAGCAUUCUCAGAAAACUAAACCACUCCUGUAGUGCCUGGUUGAGACUUUUCUUUUGUAUCUCAUUUCCUUCUUGGAGCCCCAGCCCCGCCACAUUUCCUGCACCUGGUCAGAGCUGACUUAAAAUGAUUUGUCAUGGUUUUUUAUAAUAUCAGAGUAAUGUUUUUCAGUUUGAUUGUUGUGUGUUGUCAUGUUUAUUACCAACAUGACAACGCACUAUAUAUGUAAAGCUUAAUGUAACUGUGAUGAUGCCUGCAGCGGACUCAUUCACAGUUCUCUGUAAAUAUGUGUGAAAUUUAGAGGAAACAUAUCAACAGUAAAUCAGGAGUUCAAAUCCUGUCUGUCUUCCAGACGGACAUAUGUAGGAAGCAUGCCGGGACGCAUCAUUAACGGUCUGAAGACAGUGGGUGUCAAUAAUCCGGUGUUCCUGCUUGAUGAGGUGGACAAACUGGGAAAAAGCCUGCAAGGAGACCCUGCAGCUGCUCUACUGGAGGUCAGAGCUGUUUCUCUACUUCACAUUAUUACCUCCGCCAAGGAAGUUAUGUUAUCGGUAGCGUUGGUUUGUUUGUCUGUUAGCAACUUUACAGAGAAAGUAACAGACGCAUUGACCUGAAAUUUUCACCAGAGGUGCGUAUCAGCCCCAGGAGGAUCCCAUUACAUUUUGGUGGUGAUCCGGACACAAUUCUGGAUACUGUGAUCCAGAACACACAAAAAUAAGGGUGUCGUUGGAAUUUUCAAUGCUGAAAGAUAACGAAUGGGUGGCACAGUGGUGUAGAUGGUUAGCACUGUCACCUCACAACCAGAAGGUCCUGGGUUCAAAUCCCGGUCAGGGCAUUUCUUGUUUUAGGAACAUUAUGAACAGUGAACAUACCAGUUUAACCCUCACAUACUGUUCGGGUCAAAUUUGACCCGUUUUCACUUUUAACAGCAGUAAAAAUACCCUAAACAUCAUUUUUUAAGCCUGAAACUUGAUGACUUUCCUGAAGUUGCCCAAAAUACAUGAAAUUAAUUUAAAAAUAUUCAUGUGUAUUUUUGUUUAUGUGCUACAAAUUUUUCCCCUCUAAGGCUGUUACAGGUCAAAUUUGACCCGUAUCUAUAUUUAGAUGGAUUUUAGAUCUAGCAGUGUGGGACAAGUGACAAACAGUAACAACAGUGUUCAAUAUAAGAUUUGUUGUUCAAAAAGAUAUAUUCAAAUCAUUAUGAAACUAUCAUUACCUUGACAGAAACACACACACGCACACGCACACAGACAUACAGUCACACAGACACACCUAGACAGAGGUCAAAAUGACCUAACUAGUCAAGAGAUCUUUCUGUGACAGAAAGCUGCUCUUUGAACUCGUUGAAGGGGCAAUUUUGACCCGGAACAUACUGUGAGGGUACAGGAUUUGAACAGUAUGUGAGGGUUAAACACAAAUAAAGACACACAACAGUAAAAGUUUUGGUGUGAAUCACAAUAUAAGGGGGGACAUGAGCUGCUUGGUGGAGGUCUGCGCUCUCCGAGUGCUUUUCUAGUGUUUGUAUUAUUAUUAAUACUAGAGUUUCCCAACCUGUGAUAAAUGAAAUGAUUAAUGAGUGAUUGUUCUACUUCCUCCUAAGACUGCCUUUCGUUUUUUCAGUCUCCAUUUGUCUACACAAAGUCCACUGAAUUACUUUCUUUUUGCACCUUUAGGUCUUAGACCCAGAGCAGAAUCACAGCUUCACUGAUCAUUACCUCAACGUGGCCUUUGACCUCUCCCAAGUGCUCUUCAUCGCCACAGCAAACACUACAGCCACUAUCCCCCCCGCCCUGCUGGACAGGAUGGAGGUGCUGCAGGUGCCAGGUGAGUUGAGGUGCAGAGUCAGCCUCUGGAACCAUUUCCAUGCAUUCCUUUUGAUCCCCAGGCCAAGCUUUAAUCUAAGAAUUUAUACAAAUUCUUAUACAAAUACAAAGACUGUCUAACAUGAGUCUGGUCCUACCCAAGGUUUCUGCCUGUUCAAAGGAAGUUUUUCCUUGUCACUGUCACUCAUGUUAGAUGUGAUGGGUCAAAUCUGUCCCAUCUUAAGGUGGGGUCUUGGUUAUGUGAUCUAGACCUGCUCUUUUUUUUGGCGCUAUAUAAAUAUAAUUGAUUUGUUUUGAUUUGAAACAAAUGUGAAGACACAGACACAAAUCAGUAAAGGUAUAUGAGGGUGGUAUUCAUAUAAAGAUUAUAAAAUUAUACUCAUAAACAUUGAAUCAGUGCCUUUAGAUGGCUAAGGUGUUAUUUGCUCACAUGAUAAGUCUUGACAGACAGAUAGACAGAUAGAUAGAUAGAUAGAUAGAUAGAUAGAUAGAAAGAUAGACAGAUAGAUAGACAGAUAGAUAGACAGAUAGAUAGACAGAUAGAUAGAUAGACAGAUAGACUUUAUUGAUCCCAAACUGGGAAAUUCUCUUGUUACAGCAGCAAAAAAUAAAUAAAUACAAAAUAUGAUUUACUAUAACAAGAAGUAUGUAUAAUGCACACUAAAAAUACUAAGUAUAUACAAUAAAUACAGACUAAAUAUACGAAACAUCCUAAGAGAAAAAAGUGAGAUAUGAAAAACGUGGGCUAUUGAAAUGAGUAAUAGAUAUGAAAUAUGAAAUAUACAGAUGGGAUGAUAAAUAAACAGACAAUUUAAGGUGCUCAAUGGUAGGAGUUUUUAAAAAUGGACUAUACAGCAGACAGAUGUGAGUCCCUGUCUGACAUAUGUGAGUUAUUAAAUAGUGCAAUUGCUUUAUGGCAGGAAAGAUUUCCUGUAUCUGUCCCUUCGACAGCGGAGCUGCAACAGUCUGUUGGAGGAGGAGCUCCGCUGUCUGUCCAGAGUGAGGUGGAGAGGGUGGUCAGGGUUAUCCAUGAUGGAUAACAGUUUGGUCAGUGUCCUCCUCUCCACCACAGCCUCCACAGUGUCCUGUUUGCAGCCAAUCACGGAGCCAGCCCUCCUGAUCAGUUUGUUGAGUCCGUCGGUGUCACUGGCUCUGAUGCUGCUCCCCCAACAAACCACGGCAAAGAAAAGUACGCUGGCCACCACAGACUGGUAGAACAUCUCCAACAUCUUGCUGCGCACGUUGAAGGAUCUCAGCUUCCUCAGGAAGUAGAGUCUGCUCAUCCCCUUUUUGUAGACAGCAUCACUGUUGGAUUUCCAGUCCAGUCUGUUGUUGAUAUUGACGCCCAUAUGAUAUGCUUGUACUCGGAGUUUUCAUGCUAUCACUAACACCACCUGACAGCACGGUUUGAUGAUAAAAUCAUCCUAGACAUGUUGAAUGGGAUGGUCAUUUAGUCUUUUUUGGUAAUUAAACGGAGAAACAGUGGAUGGCAGCACUUAACUGUAAAGCAGGUGUACCCCCUCUGACAAAUACCAGAUGUCUACCAUUGCUACAGCGUUAGGAGGAAGACAGAUGAAAAGACAUGCUGACUGGAGCAAAGUAGCCAAAUACAGCCAAAUAAAGUUAGCCAAAUACUGAGGCCGAGUUUUGAUGCCGAGAAAAAUAAUUGCAGCAGAGAUGUUAUGUGACUGUUAAACAGCUGAGCGAUAUAACACCACAAGAAAAGCACACAAAAAGCACAAAAAGACUGUCUUUAAAUGCAUGUGAGGAUGUUAAAGAACAGAUACCUAUGACCAGAGCAAUCUGAAUAACAUUGAAAAUAUUGUUUAAAGUUGCUGUGGGGAGUUUUUAUUGACAUUUAGAUAGUAGGUUAAAUAAAUAUUUAGGCGUUUUUUAUGAUAUUCAAAAGCAAACAACAUAAUCAGCGAUAAGAUUGAGGAUUUAUAAUAUUUUGAAUUUAAUGCCUGAAACCAGUGCAAGAGAAAGUGUUAGCUAAGCAGUUAAGGAAACAGACCCGUUCUUUUUUUUUUUACACAUUUAUAAAUGAUAAAUUUGACUGUUGUCUGCCACACCCUGAGGGUCUCACACACACAGUUGGAGCCCAAAUACAGAGGAGCUGUUUGAUCCACACUCUGUUAUGACUAAACUGUAAUUUGCAAGGAGAUUUACUAUUACACAUCAAUUACCUGUUUUCUUUUCAACUGUGCUUUAUUCAUUUACAGAAUUUGAUAUCAUGAUAUAUGAUACAUGUUUUAUUCAGUAAUUAUUGCAUAUUAAUCAAUGUAGUAUAUCGAUACCACUUAAGUCAACACAGAAUGAGGUAAGCAAAGACUACUUUGUCCAUAAGGUUCACCAAACCUGGCACAAACUAAAAGCUUCUCAUGGGAGCUGAAAUAUAAAAGAUUUUAACACCAAAUAACCCCAUUUUAUACAGUGUAAAUGUCAGCAUGAUCCAUAAAUAAACUAGAAAAGCACUUGGAGAGCGCAGACCUCCGCCAAGCAGCUCAUGUCCCCCCUUAUAUUGUGAUUCACACCAAAACUUUUACUGUUACGUGUCUUUUAUUAACUUUUAUUUGUGUUUAAACUGGUAUGUUCACUGUUCAUAAUGUUCCUAUAACAAGAAAUGCCCUGACCCGGACUGGAACCCAGGACCUUCUGGUUGUGAGGUGACAGUGCUAACCACUACACCACUGUUCCGCCUAUCUACACCACUGUGUGGCCCAUUGGUUAUCUUUCAGCAUUGAAAAUUCCAACGACACCCUUAUUUUUGUGUGUUCUGGAUCACAGUAUCCAGAAUUUUGUCCAGAUCACCACCAAAAUUUAAUGGGAUCCUCCUGGGGCUAAGACGCACCUCUGGUGAAAAUUUCAGGUCAAUGCGUCUGUUACUUUCUCCGUAAAGUUGCUAACAGACAAACAAACAAACAAACUCACAAACAAACAAACAAACCAACGCUACCGAAAACAUAACCUCCUUGGCGUAGGAAAAAAUAUGUAUUGUGUCUAAAGAAAAAGCUACACAAAAUCUAUGAUGUGCAUGUGUAUGUGUCAGGCUAUACACAGGAGGAGAAGGUGGAGAUAGCCCACCGUCACCUGAUCCCGAACCAGCUGGAGCAGCAUGGAUUAACACCUCAACAACUGCAUAUACCUCAGGAAACCACUCAGGACAUAAUCAGCAGGUACACAAACAUAAUUACACACACACAAACAUACACGUGCUUUACACACAGAGGGCUGGGGCAGCAGUUGUUUAGUGGCAGAGACAGUUUGUCUGUUAAGCGGAUGGUCAGGAGUUCUAUCCCGGGUCCUGCUGUCCAUUUACCAUACAGUAGAUGUAGAGUCUAGUGUUCAGUCUCUGUCUAUGCUGAGUGAUUACAGAGCUGACACAGUCUACUGCUACUCUGUCCCUGAUUUUGUAACAACCCUAGACUGUAUAUAGAAUGGACAGAGUCUGCCUCCUCGCUGGGUGAAGCCACUCCGAGAACAGCACCCUCUGUUGAUGGGCUGCAGUAUAGGUCAUAAAUCCCGCCUCCGCCAGCAAAGCUUAUGGAGCUGUGGACAAACUUUAGAAAUUUAUUACACAGAACUUAAAUUUUUCUCCCCCCUGCUUGUGAUGUUGACAUGUAGUUAUUGUAAGACUGGUUUGUGCUCAAGUCCUCUUUUUUCUGUGAAGCUCCAUUUUCAAAAGUUAUUAGGGGGUUCAUGUUUUCUAUGAUUGACACCUGAUACAGUCUAUGGGCGUUCAGGGAUUGCGUAGCUCUCCCGGGGGGAUACGCUGUUUGAGCCGAGCGUCAUCACAGCGACUCUCUGCGACUGCGCGGCAGAAUGUGCGCAUCGCUACUGCGCAGCGCUGGUUUCAGGAAAUGAAGAAAAAUCCUGGAAAUACAGAGAGCUUUUUGGCUUCAAAUCCGUAUAGAGGCGGGAGGCGGAACCAAGUUGUCCAAAGUAUAUACAGUCUAUGGUAACAACCUUAAGACUUCGUGUCUGUCUGUUUUUAUUUCCUCUCUCUCAGGUACACCAGAGAAGCGGGGGUGCGCUCAUUGGAGAGAAAGAUUGGAGCAAUCUGCCGAGCAGUGGCUGUAAAGGUCGCUGAGGGCCACAGAGUCACGAAAACGGAGGAAGCUGUGCCUCCCCAGGACUUGAAACAGCAGGGAGGUAAGGGGCAGAGCUCUCAGUCUGUAGACCAGUUUAAAACGCCUGCUGAAGAAGGGGCUGUUAGCCUUUGUAAUACCUUGUCUCUUAUUUAAAUUGCUCUUUUUCUGAGUUCAUGAAACACCCUGCAUAUGUUCAUGAGCUUUAGAUAUCCACAUGUGAGCAUUUAGGAAAGCAUGUCGGGACAACUGUGUUUUCUGUUUAUGUGGGCACCUUUUUUUUUGUGCGGUAAUCAGUCAUAUCAUGGACGAUUAAACACCAUAUUUCCUCUCAGCUGCUGAAGCCUCUAAAUUCUGUCUGGAGUACCCCAAUAAGUGCCUCUCGAUGCCUCUCGAUGGCUGUUUAAUGAGCUGGAAAAUGUUCAGCCAGCUGCUCUUUAUUAGUAAAUAACAACCUCCCAAGUCUUCUGUCAGCACAACCUGUCUUAUUGUAUCUUCAACUCCUUUUAGUGUGACAUUAAAAAGUCCUAAUCUGUUUUGUUCAUCCUGUUAAAUCCCUCUUUGAUCAGAAAUGUGUCCCCAGAUAUGAGUAGACAAAGAAAUCAAAAUUAGAUUAGCGAUAAAUUAUUUUCAGUCAGAGAAGAAGAAGAAGAAACACAAUUGAGAUGAGGAAAAAACUGAAGACGUGAGAGGUUGUUUUGAGCUGUUUUGCAGAAAGCGCUUCAUGUUCAAUCAAUCAUCAAUCAAUCAAAUUUUAUUUAUAUUGCGCCAAUUCACAACAGUCAUCAUCUCAAGACGCUUUCCAAAGAACAAGAGCAGGUCGAGACCACGCUCAUUGUUUGAUGAUCAAGAACCAACCUAAGAUGGGUUUUGGCCCAUCUCAACUAACAUGAGUAGCAGUGGCAAGGAAAAACUUCCUUUUAACAGGCAGAAACCUUGGGCAGGACCAGACUCAUGCUAGACAGCCACCAUGCCGCUGCUGGGUUGGGGAGGAAUGUAGAGAGAAGAGGGGAGAGGGGGAGAGGACAGGGGGAGGGAGAGAGACAGCAAGAUAGGGGAAAGGCGAGAGAGAAUUAGUACGGAGAGGGAGGGGGAGGGAGAGAGAGUAGGGAACGAGGGUGAGAGAGAGACAGGAGGCAGCAGGAACAACAGCAACAACGACAACAGCUCAUGUAAUGGUGAAACAAAAAGACGUUCAGUUUACAGGUUUAGGAUAUGAGAAAUAAUGGACAAUGUUGAAUUAAUUGAGUGUGAUUACAGUUAGCAGGCUUAAUCGUAGUCAGUUCUAUUUUGUAUGUCAAUAAUGACAGUGAGGCUGAUGUUCAUGUCUGCACUAACAGUAACAGUCCAGAGGAAUCAGAGAGAAGAAGGAGCUCAGGGCCGGGGGGGGGGGGGGGGUCUCUGCAGCAACGGUCCAGAGAAGCCAAAGAGCCAAAGAGAUGGAGGAGCUCAGGGCCCAGGAUGGAUGCAGCUGGGGUCAGGCAGUUCCGCAGCAGACCGUUUGCAGCAUUAGUCCAGUGGCAGCUAAAAGACUCAGAGACACUCAGAGAGACAGAAAACUGGUCAGUGACUUAUAUGGGACAUAAAGAUCUAAAGAGGAGAUAGAGACAGAUUCUAGCUCAGUGUGCCAGAUAGCCCCGGCAGUCUAGGCCUAUAGCAGCAUAACUAAGAGCUGGUUCAAAUCAGCCCUGACUAUAUGCUUUAUCAAAGAGGAACGUUUUAAGUCUACUCUUGAAAGUUGAGAGUGUGUCUGCCCCCCGAACCUCGAGCGGUAAAUGAUUCCAGAGGAGAGGUGCCUGGUAGCUGAAAGCUCUUCCUCCAACACUACUUUUAGAGACAUUUGGUACAACGAGCAGACCUGCAGACUGUGAGCGUAACGGUCUAGAUGGAAAGUACGGUAUAACUAGCUCGUCGAGAUAUGAUGGCGCCUGGCCAUUAAGCACUUUAUAUGUCACAAGGAGGAUUUUAAACUCAAUUCUAUAUUUAAUAGGGAGCCAGUGAAGAGAGGCUAAAACAGGGGAGAUGUGCUCCCUUCUACUAGUUCUAGUCAAUACCCGAGCUGCUGCAUUUUGGACCAGCUGAAGAGUCCUUAAUGACUUACUAGAGCAGCCUGAUAGGAGAGAAUUACAGUAAUCCAGCCUAGAGGUAACAAAGGCAUGGACUAGUUUUUCUGCAUCGCUCUGAGACAAUAUGCGUCUAAUUUUUGAGAUAUUGCGCAGGUGGAAAAAGGCUGUCCUAGAAAUUUGUUGAAUGUGGGAGCUAAAAGAUAAAUCCUGAUCAAAUACAACUCCUAGAUUACGCACAGUGGGGUUGGAUGCCAGGCUGAUACCAUCAAAUGUAGCUAAAUUACUAGAGAAUGCCUCUCUAAGGUGUUUAGGACCGAGGACCAGAACUUCAGUUUUGUCUGAGUUGAGCAUUAGAAAGUUAUUGGUCAUCCAGGAUUUUAUAUCUUUGAGGCAGGCUUCUAACCUAGCAACCUGGCCUGCUUCCUCUGGCUUUAUGGAUAGGUAUAGCUGGGUGUCAUCUGCAUAACAUGUUGCCAGUGAACUGAUGAUAGUGACCUGAAGCAUGAAAGAUCUGUGGGUGAGUGUGUGAAUGUGUGCUCGUGUGUGGGUUCAAAUCAUGUUCUUGUUAGGUAUUUGAAUUUUUCUAAAGGACAUCAUUUGCUGGAUAACUGUGUUCACUCACUGAUGGACAUCUGGUUUUCUUUGUACGUUUGAAUAACAUCAGUGUGUGAAUAUGUGUGUUUUUUUUAUAACAGCUAAAUGCUCAAUAUCAGUUUCAGCUGCUGUAAUCCCCCUUUUUAACGCUCUCUUUAGAGAAAAGCCCCUUUUACACAUAAGCUCAUGAUAUUUCCUUGAAGAUUACAGGACAUUAGGACCCUGAUAUUUUUGGAGCAGCCCUUCAUAUCAGUCGGAAAACUGGGUUUUACAACUAAGACAACCGAGACAAGCAGACAAAACUGUUGGGCAGAGGAACUCCACUCAACUUGAACACAGGCAUCACUCCGCAAACUUCUUUGUAGGGCUGUGAAGUCCCAUUUGACUGGUCGAUUUUUUGGUCGAUACCCGCUGAGUCGACCAAAAGUCGGAUUGGUCGACUCAAUAUUAUUCCGCAACAAUUUACAGUCUAUGGUUAAUUUCAUGAGGAGGAAUGUACCAAGUGGUAAGGGGGGUGUUGUCAGAGCACUCCCAUUUCACAGCCUGUCUCAGAACACCCCCAUGUUUUCACCAUAUUGGAUUCGCCCAACCCACUGGAGACCGGCUGGAGACAGGAAGAUUUAAGAGUGUCCACAUCAAUCAACGUCCGAGCCGCGUCAUCCCCCGCCACAGAAGGGUUUGCCGUUAGAACCCCCUCCCACCCCACCUUGAAAAUUUCAGGGUUUUAGUCGACCAAGAAUGUCUUUGGUUGCUUUGGUUGAUCAUAGCCCUACUUGCUUGCUGUAAAUUUUGGGGACUGUAAACUGCUGAGUUCACAUGACAGUGGUAGUCUCCAGUAAUGGAAAUUGAAGCUGUUGCAAAUGUCAAAAAAAAAAUGCAGUUCCUCGAGUGUCCACUUGAGCACUUGCAGCUGGCUACAAAAGCCAAUGGGACCUAAUCAGGGCAAGCAGGGCCCACAUCAAGUAUCUUGGGGUCUUGUACAGGAGUCUGGGUAAAAUGGAUCCUAAGAUUGAUAGGCGGAUUAAUGGGACAUCAGCAGUACUGCAAGUGCAGCAAUGGACCUUUGUGGUUAAGAGAGAGCUGAGCUUUUUGUUCACUCUUCCUCCUGUAACCCAACCAUAAGUGGAGGAAUAUGGAUGGAUGGAUACGUGUGAUAUGAAUAAGGGAGUGUGGUUGAUAUGACUGACAGGUUGGCGCACUGUAGCUGUUUGCCAAGAAGCUAAAAGCCUUUUUUUUACAUCUCGGAGCCUUUUUUUUUUUACAUAGCAUUUUCACUAUGGUGACCACCAUCUGUGGGCCUCGUUGUGGUCACGUUUUGGCUCAUGUCUACUUCCUGAGAAUUCUUUUAAAUGGGGUGCUGGGUGAUAAAAAGUUUGAUCAGUUGGGGUGCAACAGAAUGUGGAUAUUUGCAUUCACUCAGUGUCAGGGAGAGGAUCAGCGGCACAGUGUCUUUGGUCUUUUUUUUCCUCUGGCUCUUUUCUUUAACAGUCACUCUAUAUGUAAGAUGUGUCCGUGUGCAGAGGUAAUGUAAUUAUUUUUCAAAACUUCACAGGUUUUAGUUAACUGAUUCCAGAAAUGUGGUUAUAACUCUGAGAUGUUUUCCCUUCAACCUGAUACUUUCCAUCUGACUUUAAGGACAGAAACCUCUGCCAAAAUGUGAUAUCCCAUGUAUCUAACAGAUUGAGUUUUGCUGUAUAAAUACUGAACUGUUCCUAAAUCCCUGCAGCACACCCUAUGUGAUUAAUUUUAUGUGUGUUCAGACAAAGUGGCGCCUCCAGAGAUGCCUAUAGUGAUCAACCACAUCGCACUGAAAGACAUCCUGGGACCGCCGUUGUUUGAGAUGGAGGUGAGCAGACACCAGCAGAGCCGAGAGGAGCUGCAGAGUUUUCCUGUAGCAUCUCAACUUUGUGGGUCUCUCUCAGGCUUAAAAAGAGAGCCUGUGUAGAGUUCUCACAGCUCUGCAGCAGCAGCUGUGGUUCAUUAGAUUAGAUAGUUGAAAACAUCAUGUAUGAUACAGUCUAAUGUGAAACACUAGAGUUUGCCUGAGAGCGGGUGUCAUGCCUUUGUUAGGAUCUCUCUUUCCUCUUCCUCCUCACCCUCCUUCUUUUGUUUCCCUCAUUCAUUCACUGAGGUCAUUCAGAUUUUCUUUUUCACGCUCAUCUUUGAAAUUUACCAGAUAGAAAAGUCUCUGUUUCUUGUUUUCUGAUUAUUCUGUCAAAAACAGCUCAGUUGAUGCUUCGUGUGUGUGUGUGUGUGUAUGUGUGUGUGUGUGUGUGUGUGUGUGUGUGUGUGUGUGUGUGUGUGUGUGUGUGUGUGUGUGUGUGUGUGUGUGUGUUGGAAGGUGUCUGAGCGGCUCACCCUGCCUGGUGUGGCUCUGGGUCUAGCCUGGACCCCUCUCGGUGGGGAAAUCAUGUUUGUGGAGGCCAGUCGGACAGAAGGAGAAGGUCAGCUCACUCUGACAGGACAGCUUGGGGACGUCAUGAAAGAAUCAGCCCAUCUGGCUAUCAGCUGGCUCCGAGCGAAUGCUAAAACCUACCAGCUCACCAACAGUGAGUUCACCACAGCUCACAGUACAGGCGGUGAAAAUCUCCUUUUAUGGAAAUAUGCUUUUUCUGUAACAGGCUUUUCUAAUCUCCAAUGUUUUGUGUGUUUGGCAGUGACUGGAGGGCCAGAUCCACUCGAAGGGACGGACAUCCACCUCCAUUUCCCCGCUGGAGCUGUCACCAAGGAUGGCCCCUCUGCAGGUGUUACCAUAGUAACCUGCCUCGCCUCCUUGUUUAGCGGCAGAUUGGUCAGAUCCGAUGUUGCCAUGACAGGAGAGAUCACGCUCAGAGGGCUGGUGCUGCCGGUGGGUCCCACACAUUCAACACAUGUUGAAGUGUUAGUUAUGCGCUUGUGUAGACAGACACUGGUUUUGCUUUGAGGGUCAGUGUCCUUUUCUGUCUUUAUUCCUAAAGAGAAAGCCAAUGCCACAGCAACCUUUGCAGGAAGGUGCUGGUUUGGUUUCCUCUGCUCUUGGAUGUUGGACCUGUCAUCCUGGUGAUCAAGGAAAUGGAAGAAGCUUGAUCUGGCUGAGUCUGUUAGUCCUGAACUAUUCUGUAUGUAAGACAAGACUAAGAUAGAUCAUGGGAGGUACAGAAUGGUAACAGAGGGCAGCACUAAAAUCACAUUGACCCUGUAAAAAGAGAGGUCCUUUACACCCCUCCAGUGAAGAACAAACAGUCCUACACAUCAACAUAAACCAGCAUGGAUGACAAAAAAAAGCAUCAGUUUGGGACAGGGAGCAACAGGGACUCUCAGAUGUUGCAGGAACAAAAGCACAUCAGGUGAGAAUAUACUGCUUUACAUCUCCCUGUUUCAAACACUCCAGCUCAGCAAAAACACAAAGUAGUGAAUGCAGUGGUGAAUAAUGAAGUGCAUUUACUUGAGUACUAGAGUAUAUUUUUCUGUGUACUGUAGUUUACAUGAGUUUCAUUUUUGGCAGGGAAACAUAUUACUCUAUAUGCUACUUAGAAAUCCCAUGAUUUUUUGGUAAAGCCAAAUGCUCUGUUAGAGCCUCGGAUACCGUCUAACCUGGUAGUGUAAACUUCAAAAUAAAAGCAAAGUCAGACAAUGAAGGGAAUAAACUAACAAUAACAUGUCACCCUCAAAGCUCUUUACAUUGGAAACAUCAUUCGUUCGCUCACACAGUCACACUUUGGUGGUGAUAAACUACCUUAGUAGUCACAGUUGCCCUGGGGUAGACUGAUGGAAACAUGGCUGCCAGUUUGUGCCUACAGCCUCUCCAACCACCACCACACAACACUCACAAUCAUACACCAGUGGAGGACACACACUGGGAGCAAGGUGGAUGAAGUGUCUCGCUCAAGGACACAAAAGACAGACUAGGGAUGGGGGGGGGAUCAAACCGCCGACCUUCCAGUUAUUGGACAACCGCUCUACCUCCUGAGCUACUGCCGCCCCAUGCUAAUAGUCAGUUUCAAAGCAUAAAGCAAAAUAUUAAAAUAAAAAUCAAACAAUUGUUUAAUGAGCUCAUUUCAAGUUUUAAAGGACUAUUGAUAUAAUUUAUGAACAUAUAUUACUCCACCCUUGUCUUGGGUUUUUGUCAACUUUACUUUGUUGUUUUAAAACUCUCUAAAUGGGAUAUAAAACUUUUCAUAAAUAUCAUAAUAAUAUGUCAUGGUAUUAAUAUUUGAUGGCCAGUUAAAGUUACGACAGCCCUAUUUCAGAUUUACAUUUCCAAACAAGUUGUCCAUGCUUGUAUUGACUCAGUCACACCACACAAGACUAAAUCCCACCAUGACUAAACUACAUACUGAACAAAAGAAUGAAUCACAGUCAUCAGGGAUUGUUGUCAUCACAUGCUUAACAGUGUUCGUCAAUAUGCCUUACAUUAUCCCACAUCAGGAGAUGAUUGUCACAGCAGUGAAGCCCCUGUGUAUUGUCUUGUUGCUCAUCCUGCAUGUUUCUUCCCAGUGCCUUUUUUUUGCCACAAAGAAACAACAUGAGGACAAACGAGGUCAAACCAGUUCACAGUGUUUUAAUGGACUGAAUUGUUCUUUCCUCCCUAGGUGGGCGGGAUCAAGGAUAAGGUCCUGGCGGCUCACAGGGCAGGAGUGAAGCGCAUCAUCCUCCCCAGACGCAACGAGAAGGACCUCGAGGAGCUUCCAGCCAACGUUCAAGCCGACCUGGACUUUGUCACUGCCGGGAGCCUGGACGAAGUCCUGAACGCCGCCUUUGAUGGAGGUUUUCCGGGGACAGCUAGCACCUGCACACAGCCACAGCUUAGCAGCAAACUGUAGCUUAAGUGACAUCAUGUGAAGUGAGGAAAGUGUUGUUGAAUUCACUGAUGCAGGAGAUUGUGUCGUGUUUCAACUCGGACAUCUCAGUGUGAUUAAUUUUAUACUGAUACGCAACGCCAGAAAACAACAGUCAGUAUUAAUCCUGGGAAGACCUGAUAUUGAUCUCUAACUUUGCACCUGAGAUUUGUAUUUUUAAAGGGUUAUUCCCCUAUAAAAGAGAUAAUGUGAUGUAAAUGACACACCAAUUCAUUCAAGCUCAAAGGGUCUGCACAGCAAGUCUGAAGCAUAAAUUUCGUAGCUACAGCUCAGAGUGUUGCCAUGGUAGUGCCUUUAAAUGUUCAGCCUCAGUUUAUUUUUCCAACUGAUGGCGUCUUCCUGGAUGUCGUCAUAAUAUUCAUAUAUCCAAGCCAAGUAAAGAGGAGUUUUACGAUAUAAUGAUUUAGUUUUAUUAAUUCAUGAGGGCUGAAAAAAGGACUUUAAAGAGAUGGCUUCGGUAUGUGAGGAUGGAGGCUGGUGAUGAAGGUGUGUAAAGGUGGUCUGUAUACCUGCAGUUGCUCCAAUCACUGCGCUUAAUCACUCAUUGUAAUCUAAUGAUGUCUGAUUUUCGGAUUUUGAAGCUUGAUGACUGUACAGGUUUUCAUUUGAAUGACAGAGGAGCACUGUAAGUUUGAUCACAUGGUAUUGAUGUAAGGAAGGCUCUGCUUACAUGAAGUUUCUCCUCAAAAAUCUUGACCUUUUCUACAGCAAUUGGAGGUCAGAAGGUUGAAGAGGAGCAAAUCUCUGUCUUUCUAGUGAUCUAUAACAUCAAAACUUUGACUGAGGUUCUUACUAAACUGAGUGUUUGAUGUUUGGUUAACUCAAAAAAAUAAGGGUGGUGUAUAAAUUGUGAACAUGUAUUUGAGACUAAACAUAUCAAACUCUUAAUUUCAACAUAAUGCACUUUCGUCCUGUGAGAUGUUGAAUAAAAAGUUCUCAAAUUUACGAGAGAAAAGUA